UUGUUGCUGUCACAGUUGUUUUGUCGCGAUUGUGUGAUACUAUUGUUUUUUCUUAAUGUUCAGUUAUUACGGUAUUACUGCUACCAGUUUAGCAUAUCCAUUGAACAUUCUGCUGGAUCCCUGAAAACGCUUUAUGGAAGUCAGUUCGAAAGCUUUGCCACUGCCGUUCUUACCCGACGGGGAGAGUUGUCACGACAGUCUUUAUUGCGAGAAGUGUCAGUGUUUCCUGUGGGAGCCGUGCUGGCAGCAUGCCGUUGUAGUUCAGGACGGAUACAGUCUUCCGCUGGCCUUUGCAAGUUUGCCAGAUGUAUUGGCUUUCCAUCAUGUCAACCCACUGCAAAAUGUCAAGCAGUGUGCAGAGGACAGCGCAGUUCCGACGGUCGUGGCUCGAGCGACCAUCCGUCCGCAGACAGUGUUCGGGCCGUUUAUAGCCCCUGUGUGCGAUGCCGGUGCAGCGCAUUCGCAGACAUAUUCAUCGGCCGACGGGCAGUGUGUGACGUUCAAUCUAGAGAACGAUCGUUGGUGCAACUGGAUGAAGUUGGUCAGGACGGCUGACCACGGCCAGUACAACCUCCGCGUCUUCGUCCGGGAACAGAAUGUCCUCUUCGUCGCCGUCAAGGUCAUCCUGCCCGGCGAAGAACUCACGCUGUCGCUGUGUAAGCAUGAUAUCGACCGGAAGAAAAUUCACCACGACAAUUUGGGUUAUGCAGCAGCGCGUGUGGAUUGCACAAGCGGCAGCAUUUUUUUGGCUGAAGAUUCUUGCAUGACUGGGAAAGGAGAUGAUCGUAGUGAAGAUGCUGAUGUGGAAGCAAUGUCGGUGGACAUCCCGCAAAACGCUUUUACUGCUGGUUUCUCAGUGGAUGAUAGUCAUCUGCCGUUGGCGCCUGAUGAGCAGACAGACGUUUUACCCCAGUCUCAACCACUGCCAGCGCAAUUAGACGAACAACUUCCUGCAUUGAGCACUGUUAAAUGCGAACAGUUGCCCGCAUUGCCAUUUUCUUCAAACUUCUGUUCCGCUGCACUUGAUCCAGUAUCGAGGAAGGCGACUGAUUCGGUAAAACGGAACCACGAAGACAAAAAGCCGGCACCGCUGCUUGUGAUGCACAGUUUUAAACGCGAAGAUUCUCCUGAAUAUCCAUUUCCUUUCAACUUCUCAUCAGCGACAACUGCAGCCGUGAUUCCGAAAGCAGUCGAUACGGGAAAAUGCAAAAGCGAAAUGAAAGAAUCGACUGGUGUUAAAUCGAGGCAGACAGCCUUCGCGCGUGUUUAUUCCCUUCGUGGAAGCAAUGUCGUACGCGCCAGUGCGGCCUGUAGUGAUCAGGAAUUCACAGACGACAAUGAUGAGGACUUCCGCCUAUCUGGGGACGACGAUUCGCCAUCUACUGAUUCCGAGUACUGCAGCGAAGUGGAAGUGGAUUUGGACGAAUGUGUUAUCAGGACAAAAAAACGAGGCAGAAAACGUCGCACGGUUAACGCGCGAAGCAAGGUGCCCUUGAAGAAAAUUGGAAGUGUGGUUUGUAAGGACACUCCGCAUACGGUAUCAGCAAUUCCCGAUUCGUCGGCAAGUGGAGCACAGUUUGGUCUCCCAAAUGCUGCGUUUCUCGAGGCACGGAACAGACAGAUCAGAGCCGUGAUUGCCGUUAAUCCGUUCCAGUAUCCGGCUGGAGAGCAGCGGUUGCUGGCGUUUUCCACCGCUGCGACCCUGCUGCUGCCUGACCAGGCUUUGCUAGGGAUGAAAAAGCUCGAUGGACCAGCGCUAGAGCGGUCCAUAGAGCAACGUCUAUAUACCUUCAAAAGAUUGCAACGCACUAAUCGCAUGGAGUCUGUCUGGAGGCCGGAAGAGUACGUUUCGCUGAUGAAUCAGCUGACUGCUUUAAGCAACAACAGCAGUGAGUGCUCGAUCACUCAAUCGGAAAGAAUACGACGAUUGAAAGUGGUGGCCAAGAUUAACCCCUUCCAGUAUUCCUCGAAAAAGGAACGUAGUGCCGCAUGGACAGCAGCGUGGCAGGCAUACCGGAAUGAAGUGGAGAACGGUGGUCCUCAAGAGCGGAAAUCAAAGCAGGCCAUGCUUCCUCGCGAGAAGCUACCGCGAUUUGUCAAGAUGCAUUUGGAUAAUUUCCCGCAAACGCUCGACGGCUACAACGAGGAUACCGCCAGUCAGUUCCAGCGGGAGUAUAUCCAAGUGAUGCAGGUGAUAGCGCAGCAGGCUGGCAGAGGUUAUGCCGACGCAGUUGUGGUGCACCAGUUAAACGCCGCAGUUGACACCCAGAAUGCGCAUUCCAAACGGCGGCCUCCUCAAAGUUAUCCAACCAGUAGCCGCUUCUAUAGCUACGUUUACCGCUUCGUCUGCGGGGAGUGCUCUUUUCAUUUUAAAGAUGAAACCGUACUGAAACUCCACAAGAUGCAACAUAACGAUGCACCCAACGAUACCACCGUCUCCCUGGAAUGCCCCGCUUGUCAACGGUCGUUCCAGAAACUGCCGAACUUGUUCCGGCAUGUCAUGGAUCACGGUGUGAAAGCCUCGCAGAUCGUUAAUUUUAUCCCGACUGCUGACCCGAGCAUCAUGAGCUGCCCGGCCAGUACGGCUGUUCCGAUGGAUGUGCUGGCGCAAAGUCAUGACGCGCAUGAGACCUGCUUCAUGUACAGCUGCGGAAUGGUGAAUUGCGGGCUGCGAUUUUGCACGGAGGCAAUGUGCGAUUUGCACCAACUGAGUCACAACGUGCCGGAUGAUUACCAAGGCGAUGUUGUCUGUGCGGGAUGCAACUAUGUGGCUGCAAAUGCGGAGGACUUGCUGAAACACGUCGGUCGCCAUGCAGCGAAGAAGAACGAUCGGAAACUGUGUCGCCUGUGUGGAGAAUUCGUACAGAAUAUGGUCGUACAUGUCCGGGAUAAGCACAAAGAAGAAUAUUUAAAGUACGAAGCGCGUUUAACUCUUCCUUGCGACCAGUGCGAGAAACGAUUUCGGACGCCUGUCCAACUCGCCGCGCACAAUAUGUGGGCACACAAAGAUGAGCAUGGGCGACUAAGAUGUCUCGUUUGCACAGAACCGUUCCCCUCGGCCCGUCUGCUGUAUGCGCAUACAAAAAAGGAGCACACAACGGGUUUGACAUGUGCGGUAUGCCAGAAGAGCUGGCCAACUUACGCUCGCUUGUAUGCCCACGCGAAAACUCACAAGGAGAUCCAUACUUGUCGCACCUGUGGCUCUGCAUUCCGCUCUAUUAGCAAGUUAUUUCGGCAUCAACGAACUCACCGGUCUGUCCAUUCCUCUAAAUGUGAUGUGUGCGGAAAGACCUUUAAGGUACCGAGCAACCUCGCACGGCAUAAAACGACCGCUCACACGGGUAAAAUGCGGAAGAAGCGCAAGGCCAAACGAGAGGAUAUGCGCCGGAAGAGAGUGGUCCGCGAGUUCAAGACUUCGCGGCAGAGGAGCGAUGGCGAUGAUGCCGGAAACGAUACUGUGGCAGCUAUGUCGGCAGACGUUGCUGGUUGGUUUUCAUUUGAUGAUCUUUUACCGCGGUCCGAACCACCGCCCGCUCCAUCUGAAGAACCUUUUACCCGUGUUUAUCCCCUUCGUGGUCGGAAUGGCGUAAGCACAGCUGUAGCCUGCAGUGAUCAGGAUUUCUCCGAUGACAGCGAUCGAGAUUUCUGUUUAUCUGGCAAUGACGAAGCGUCAUCUACCGAUUCCGAAGGUUGCAGCGAAGUGGAAGAGGAUUUGGAUGAUACCAUGACAAAACAGCGAGGCACGGUUAACGCUAAAGCCAAGAGGUCCAAAUCGUUACGCCGUUGUGCGGAGGAUACCGGAACUCUGAUGUGUACGGACACUGCCAAUACGGUGUCACCGGUUUAUGAUUCGUUGGCAUGGCGAGGCCCGGACGGUGGCCCGAAUGCUGCGUUUCUUGAGGCGCGGAACCGACUGAUCAGGGCCGUGAUUGCCGUUAAUCCGUUCCAGUAUCCGGAAGGAGAGCAGCGGUUGCAGGCGUUUUUCACGGCUGCCAGCAUGCUGCCGGCUGACCAACUGUUGCCAGGGAUGAAAAAGCUAGAUGGGUCGGUGCUACAGCGCACUAUAGAGAUGCGUCUGGUUAAGUUCAAAAACUAUCAGCGUAAUAACCGGGUUGACUCGGUGUGGAGGCCUGCCGAGUACGUGUCGCUGAUGAAGGCGCUAGCUGCACUGCAAGCCAACCAACGUACGGCCACCAAAUCUGAGAAGAUGCGCCGACUGAAUGCGGUGGCCAAGAUUAAUCCCUUCCAGUAUUCUUCGCCUGGUCAGCGCAGCGCCGCCUGGAUAGCCGCGUGGCAGGCGUACCUGGCUGAUUGCGCUGAUGCUCCGGAGCGGAAGUCGAAGAAAACGCUGACCUGCGCGCAACUACAGCACGAGGUCCAAAUGCAUUUGGAGAAAUUGCCACGGGCGCUCGACGGCUACAACGAGGACACCGCUGAUAUGAACAAGCGAGAAUAUAUCGAGGUUAUGCGGGUGAUAGCGCAGCAGGUGGGAAAGGAUUUAUACGCCGAUGGUCCGCAUGUCGUGACUUCCACCGUGAAUGGUGACGGCGUUGAUCAGUGGAACGCUGCAACGAACACUGCGCUGGCGCCGUCAAAACCGCGUCGUUACAAGAAAAGCGAGCGUGACAGGCGGUUUUUCAGUUACGUUUACAGAUUCGUGUGCUGGGAGUGCUCGCUGCAUUUUAAGGAUGAAAACGUGUUGAAACUCCAUAAUAUGCAACACCGCGAUAUACCCAGCGAAACCACCGUCUCACUGGAUUGUCCAGCUUGUCAGCGAUCGUUUCGGCAACUGUCAAACUUGCUGCGGCAUGUCGUGCACCACGGUGUGAACGCCCGGCAUGUUAUACAUUUUAUCCCGACCGAUGAUCCCAGCAUCAUGAGCUUCGCGUCCAAAACGGCCGCUCCGAUGGAUGUGGUGGCGCAGAGCCAUGACGCGCAUGAGACGUGCUUCAUGUACAGCUGCGGAAUGCAGAAAUGCGGGCUGCGAUUCUGCACGGAGACGAUGUGCGAUCUGCACCAGGUCAGCCACAACGUGCCGGAUGAUUAUCAGGGCGAUGUUGUCUGCGCGGGAUGCGAUUUCGUGGCUGCAGAUGCCGUCGAUUUGCUGAAACACGUCGGUCGGCAUGGAGCGAAACUGUACGAUCACAAACUGUGUCGACUGUGUGGAGAGUUUGUGCAGGAUAUGGUCGAGCACGUCCAGACAAAGCACAAAAAAGAAUACGUAAAGUACGAAACGCGUCUUACGCUCCCCUGCGAUCAGUGCGAGAAGCGAUUUCGGACACGAAUGCACGUCGUUACCCACAAAAAUAUCGUACAUACAAGUUUGCAAGCGUUAGGAUGUCUGGUUUGCGCUAAACAGUUCAGCUCGUCCAGUCUACUGCAUGGGCAUAUAAAAAAAGAGCAUGGGAAGGUGUUGACGUGCUUGGUGUGCCAGAAAAGAUACUCGAAAUAUUGCCGCCUAUAUACGCACGCGAAAACCCAUAAGGAAGUCCAUGUUUGUAAAACCUGUGGCUCGGUGUUCCGCUGCAAGAAGAGCCUGGAGCAGCAUGAGUACGGUCAUCGGUCUGAUUAUUCCUUUAAAUGCACUCUGUGCGGAAAGACCUUCAAGAGACCGACCAACCUGAUGCAACAUAAAAUGGUCGUUCACACGGAUAAAGUUCGGAAGAAACGCAAAGCUCAACGGGAGGAAAUGCGCAAGAAAGGAGUGGUCAGCGAGUACAAGUGUCCGCGGCAGAGGAUGCGCUACGAAGAAUUCCCGUAUAAAUGCGAGGAAUGCCGGCUUGGCUGGAUGCUGCUGGGCAAUCUGCAGCAACACCAACGGAAGAAACAUCCCGAUGCCCCUGCAACUGUUCAAAGUGGCAAGAAAUAGUCUUUCGGCGUUUUUUUCCACAGGAUCGGUUAGCUGGCGGCUGAUCGAUCUGUUUGAUUUUUCAUAAUAAUUUGCAAUCAGAAAUCGCAGUUGUGGACGCUGCAGAAGGACUUGUGGACACUUUUACAUUGUUGGUCGCAUCGCUGUAUGUACGAGUAUUCAGAAUUAAUAAAACAA